AUGAAAGUUUCCGAUAGGCGUAAGUUUGAAAAAGCAAACUUUGACGAGUUUGAGUCGGCUCUAAAUAACAAAAACGACUUGGUACAUUGUCCCUCAAUAACUUUAUUUGAAUCGAUCCCCACGGAAGUGCGGUCAUUCUACGAAGACGAAAAGUCUGGCCUAAUCAAAGUGGUAAAAUUCAGAACUGGUGCAAUGGAUAGGAAAAGGUCUUUUGAAAAAGUUGUCAUUUCCGUCAUGGUCGGGAAAAAUGUAAAAAAGUUCCUGACGUUUGUUGAAGACGAACCAGAUUUCCAGGGCGGACCAAUCCCUUCAAAGUAUCUUAUUCCCAAGAAAAUCAACUUGAUGGUCUACACGUUGUUUCAAGUGCAUACUUUGAAAUUCAAUAGAAAGGAUUACGAUACCCUUUCUCUUUUUUACCUCAACAGAGGAUACUAUAAUGAGUUGAGUUUCCGUGUCCUGGAACGUUGUCACGAAAUAGCGAGUGCUAGGCCGAACGACAGCUCUACGAUGCGUACUUUCACUGACUUUGUUUCCGGCGCACCUAUUGUAAGGAGUCUUCAGAAAAGCACCAUAAGGAAAUAUGGGUACAAUUUGGCACCCUACAUGUUUUUGUUACUACACGUAGAUGAGCUAUCGAUUUUUUCUGCAUACCAAGCAAGUUUACCUGGCGAAAAGAAAGUCGACACAGAGCGGCUGAAGCGUGAUCUAUGCCCACGUAAACCCAUUGAGAUAAAGUACUUUUCACAGAUAUGUAACGAUAUGAUGAACAAAAAGGACCGAUUGGGUGAUAUUUUGCAUAUUAUCUUGCGAGCAUGUGCACUCAAUUUCGGGGCGGGUCCCCGUGGUGGCGCUGGUGACGAAGAGGAUCGAUCUAUUACGAAUGAAGAACCCAUUAUUCCCUCUGUGGACGAGCAUGGCCUGAAAGUAUGUAAGUUGCGCAGUCCUAACACUCCACGAAGACUCAGAAAAACACUAGAUGCCGUGAAAGCUUUAUUGGUGUCGUCUUGUGCUUGUACCGCAAGGGAUUUAGAUAUAUUUGAUGACAACAACGGCGUUGCAAUGUGGAAAUGGAUCAAAAUUCUGUACCACGAAGUAGCGCAGGAAACCACGCUGAAGGACUCUUAUAGAAUAACUUUGGUACCUUCUUCUGAUGGUAUAUCACUACUCGCUUUUGCCGGUCCUCAGCGCAACGUAUACGUCGAUGAUACAACAAGACGCAUCCAACUGUACACUGAUUACAACAAGAACGGUUCAUCGGAGCCUCGACUAAAGACGCUUGACGGACUCACCUCAGAUUACGUGUUUUAUUUUGUCACUGUGCUAAGGCAAAUGCAAAUAUGUGCGCUUGGUAACAGUUAUGACGCUUUUAAUCAUGAUCCUUGGAUGGAUGUGGUGGGAUUUGAGGAUCCAAAUCAAGUAACAAAUCGAGACAUUUCGAGGAUAGUUUUGUAUUCCUACAUGUUUCUGAAUACCGCGAAGGGCUGUCUGGUUGAAUACGCAACUUUUCGGCAGUACAUGAGGGAACUUCCGAAGAAUGCACCUCAGAAGCUGAAUUUUCGGGAGAUGCGUCAGGGGUUGAUUGCCCUAGGACGGCACUGCGUAGGUAGCAGAUUUGAAACAGAUUUGUACGAGUCGGCGACGAGUGAACUCAUGGCCAAUCAUUCCGUUCAAACAGGGCGAAAUAUUUACGGUGUGGAUUCCUUUUCGUUAACUAGUGUCAGUGGGACGACCGCCACUUUAUUGCAGGAACGAGCUUCCGAGCGCUGGAUUCAGUGGUUAGGCCUUGAAAGCGACUACCAUUGUUCAUUCUCCAGUACUCGGAAUGCGGAAGACGUAGUGGCAGGUGAGGCGGCGAGUUCAAAUCAUCAUCAAAAAAUUUCAAGAGUAACGCGAAAAAGGCCCCGAGAGCCCAAGAGUACAAACGAUAUCCUCGUCGCAGGCCAGAAACUCUUUGGCAGCUCCUUUGAAUUCAGGGACUUGCAUCAGUUGCGCUUAUGUUAUGAAAUAUACAUGGCAGACACACCCUCUGUGGCAGUACAGGCCCCACCGGGCUAUGGUAAGACGGAGUUAUUUCAUCUCCCCUUGAUAGCACUGGCAUCUAAGGGCGACGUGGAAUAUGUGUCGUUUCUGUUUGUACCGUACACAGUGUUGCUUGCUAAUUGCAUGAUCAGGUUGGGCCGAUGCGGUUGCUUGAAUGUGGCCCCUGUAAGAAACUUUAUUGAAGAAGGUUACGAUGGCGUUACUGAUUUAUACGUGGGGAUCUACGAUGAUCUUGCUAGCACUAAUUUCACAGACAGGAUAGCUGCGUGGGAGAAUAUUGUUGAGUGCACCUUUAGGACCAACAACGUAAAAUUGGGUUACCUCAUUGUAGAUGAGUUUCACAACUUUGAAACGGAGGUCUACCGGCAGUCGCAAUUUGGGGGCAUAACUAACCUUGAUUUUGACGCUUUUGAGAAAGCAAUCUUUUUGAGCGGCACAGCCCCUGAGGCUGUAGCUGAUGCUGCGUUGCAGCGUAUUGGGCUUACGGGACUGGCCAAGAAAUCGAUGGACAUCAACGAGCUCAAACGGUCGGAAGAUCUCAGCAGAGGUCUAUCCAGCUAUCCAACACGGAUGUUUAAUCUAAUCAAGGAGAAAUCCGAGGUGCCUUUAGGGCAUGUUCAUAAAAUUCGGAAGAAAGUGGAAUCACAGCCCGAAGAAGCACUGAAGCUUCUUUUAGCCCUCUUUGAAAGUGAACCAGAGUCGAAGGCCAUUGUAGUUGCAAGCACAACCAACGAAGUGGAAGAAUUGGCCUGCUCUUGGAGAAAGUAUUUUAGGGUGGUAUGGAUACACGGGAAGCUGGGUGCUGCAGAAAAGGUGUCUCGCACAAAGGAGUUUGUCACUGACGGUAGCAUGCAAGUUCUCAUCGGAACGAAAUUAGUGACUGAAGGAAUUGACAUUAAGCAAUUGAUGAUGGUGAUCAUGCUUGAUAAUAGACUUAAUAUUAUUGAGCUCAUUCAAGGUGUAGGGAGACUAAGAGAUGGGGGCCUCUGUUAUCUAUUAUCUAGAAAAAACAGUUGGGCGGCAAGGAAUCGUAAGGGUGAAUUACCACCGAUUAAGGAAGGCUGUAUAACCGAACAGGUACGCGAGUUCUAUGGACUUGAAUCAAAGAAAGGAAAAAAGGGCCAGCAUGUUGGAUGCUGUGGCUCCAGGACAGACCUGUCUGCUGACACAGUGGAACUGAUAGAAAGAAUGGACAGAUUGGCUGAAAAACAGGCGACAGCUUCCAUGUCGAUCGUUGCGUUACCGUCUAGCUUCCAGGAGAGCAAUAGCAGUGACAGGUACAGAAAGUAUUGCAGCAGUGAUGAGGACAGCAACACGUGCAUUCAUGGUAGUGCUAAUGCCAGUACUAACGCCAGUACUAAUGCGAUUACCACUGCUAGUACCAACGUCAGGACUAAUGCGACUACCAAUGCUAGUACUAAUGCGACUACCAAUGCCAGUACCAAUGCCAGUACUAAUGCGACCACCAAUGCCAGUACCAAUGCGACUACCAACUCCAGCACUAAUGCUACUACCACUGCCAGCACCAACGUCAGGACUAGUGCUACUACCACUGCCAGCAUCAACGUCAGGACUAGUGCUACUACCACUGAAAGUACCAACUCCAGCACUAAUGCGACUACCACUGAAAGUACCAACUCCAGCACUAAUGCUACUACCACCGAAAGUACCAACUCCAACACUAGUGCUACUACCACUGCCAGCAUCAACGUCAGGACUAGUGCUACUACCACUGAAAGUACCAACUCCAGCACUAGUGCGACUACCACUGCCAGCAUCAACGUCAGGACUAGUGCUACUACCACUAAAAGUAUCAACUCUAGCACUAAUGCUACUACCACUGAAAGUACCAACUCCAACACUAAUGCUACUACCACUGAAAGUACCAACUCCAGCACUAAUGCUACUACCACUGAAAGUACCAACUCCAGCACUAAUGCUACUACCACUGAAAGUACCAACUCCAACACUAGUGCUGCUACCACCGAAAGUACCAACUCCAACACUAGUGCUACUACCACUGAAAGUACCAACGCUAGUGCCAAGGAGGACGCCAAUAAAGAUGGCAAUGCUGAGGAUAAUAGAUUCCAUCCAGUCACCGACAUUAACAAAGAGUCGUAUAAGCGGAAAGGGAGUCAAAUGGUUUUGCUAGAGAGAAAGAAACUGAAAGCACAAUUUCCCAAUACUUCCGAGAAUAUGAAUGUCUUACAGUUUCUUGGAUUUCGGUCUGACGAAAUUAAACAUCUUUUCCUCUAUGGUAUUGACAUAUACUUCUGCCCAGAGGGAGUGUUCACACAAUACGGAUUAUGCAAGGGCUGUCAAAAGAUGUUCGAGCUCUGUGUCUGUUGGGCUGGCCAGAAAGUAUCGUAUCGGAGGAUAGCUUGGGAAGCACUAGCUGUGGAGAGAAUGCUGCGAAAUGACGAGGAAUACAAAGAAUACUUGGAAGACAUCGAGCCAUAUCAUGGGGACCCUGUAGGAUAUUUGAAAUAUUUUAGCGUAAAAAGGAGAGAGAUCUACUCUCAGAUACAGAGAAAUUAUGCUUGGUACCUGGCCAUUACUAGAAGAAGAGAAACAAUUAGUGUAUUGGAUUCGACAAGAGGCAAGCAAGGGAGCCAAGUUUUCCGCAUGUCUGGAAGGCAGAUCAAAGAGUUGUAUUUUAAAGUAUGGAGCAACUUGCGUGAAUCGAAGACAGAGGUGCUGCAGUACUUUUUGAACUGGGACGAAAAAAAGUGCCAGGAAGAAUGGGAGGCAAAAGACGAUACGGUUGUUGUGGAAGCGCUCGAGAAAGGUGGAGUUUUUCAGCGUUUGCGUUCCAUGACGAGCGCUGGACUGCAGGGUCCGCAGUACGUCAAGCUGCAGUUUAGCAGGCAUCAUCGACAGUUGAGGAGCAGAUAUGAAUUAAGUCUAGGAAUGCACUUGCGAGAUCAGAUUGCGCUGGGAGUUACCCCAUCUAAAGUGCCGCAUUGGACGGCAUUCCUCUCGAUGCUGAUAGGGCUGUUCUACAAUAAAACAUUUCGGCAGAAACUGGAGUAUCUUUUGGAGCAGAUUUCGGAGGUGUGGUUGUUACCACAUUGGCUUGAUUUGGCAAACGUUGAAGUUCUCGCUGCAGAUGACACGAGGGUACCACUGUACAUGCUGAUGGUAGCGGUUCACAAAGAGCUGGAUAGCGAUGAUGUUCCAGACGGUAGAUUUGAUAUAUUAUUAUGUAGGGAUUCGAGCAGAGAAGUUGGAGAGUGA